AUGCAUCGAAAGGAUCCUUUGUCCGAUGCUCCCAGCAUGAACAUCAUCAACUUGUUGGAAGCUAUUGAACUGUCUGAUGUCACAGACCAAGCUGGCAAUAUGCCAUGCAUGGAUGAGUCCUAUCCCAGAUCGGUGAUCAGGCCACAGCUCUUGGAGGUCGCGCAGGUGGAGCGAUGUGCUCAGGUGGAUCUGGCGCGAUGUGCCUGGAGGAACAUGACCGCCUUGCGCGCUUUGUGCCCUGAGACCUGCGGUUGUGACAACGCCAUGAACCCCGCCGCCGGCGCCUUUGCCAGCACGGCCUUCGGAUGCCCGAAGCUCUGCGUGUGGAAGAGUUUGAGAUCGCCCGCCUUGCACAAUGCACCCUGUGAAGAUUGGACACCGGAGCACUUCAUCAAUGACCCCUACGUUGAGAACUUCUUGCGCGGCAUGUUCUCCAGCUUCUUGCACAAGCCGGAGAUGAAAGAUGCUCAUAUCAUGCAAUACCGAAAGCAACUAGAGGAGCACUUCUGGGACCUGCUUCCAGGUCCCAACAAGACUUUGAGCUUGGACCUGGCAGUGGAACACUAUGCAUCCCUCGGCUGGGUGCAUGACGUGGUGGAAGGCAAGUGGACCAUAGGUCUUGGAAUUCCUCAUCCACGGGGCCUGACUGGCUGUGCCUUUUUCGGUUCAUCGGAGAUCAAGGAUCUCACAGGUGUCCGCAUCUGCCGUGAUCGGAGUGAAUUUGAUGAUUUCAGAGGGCUACGUGCGCAGUGCGCCCAGACCUGUGAGUGCCGGAAGAGGAUGAUUGGGUGUCCACGCACGUGUCCUUUACCCGUCGAAUGA